CGAGUCCCUGGCACUCAAGUUAUCGCGUGCGCCUUCCCCUGACGAUUAGCUCAUCCGCUUAGAACAGCCCAUACAGCUGGUGUUCCCCAAGUUGCACGACUCGCAGCGCUCAAGCGUUCCCGGGACUGCAACAAAGAUGCCGCGAUUACUAGCCAGCGCAUUGCAGCUGCGGCGCGAUCCGCGCAUCCUGAAGCUCCCGCCCUACGUGUCGCUGCUCUGCAUACUCGUCGGUGUCGCCUGGCUCUUCCUGCUUCCUCUCGACCGGUACUCGCGCAAGACGUACAUAUCCGAAAAUGCCCUCCUUCCCGGCCAGGUGCACACAUAUUUCGGCGGCAGUGACCAGAACGUGUUCCGAGCGUAUAAGCACGAGGUGAACGAGCUGGUGGGCAAGAGCAAUAUUGAAAUCAACGACAAGCUCGAACCUAUUGUCAAGGGCCUUGGCCUGAAGACGGCUCGGCAAAACUUCACAUACCACGCCGCUGGGCACACCUUUGCGGGUGAGAACCUUUAUGCCAUCCUACAGGCACCGCGGGGUGAUGCUACCGAGGCCAUCGUUCUGGUGGCCGCAUGGGAAAAUGUCAGGCACGAGAUCAACAAAAACGGAAUACCCCUCGCCCUGACGCUGCUGCGUUAUUUCAAGCGCUGGUCGCUGUGGUCAAAGGACAUCAUCCUGGUGCUCACACCAGACAGCAUUGCCGGCCCGCAGGCGUGGGUCGAUGCCUACCAUGACGCCCACGAUCCCUCCCACGUCUCCAGCCUGCCGCUCAAGUCCGGGUUAUUACAGGGUGCCAUUGCUCUCGACUACGCCCAGGAGGGUCGCUUCGAAAGCGUGCACGUUGUAUAUGAUGGCGUCAACGGCCAGCUGCCGAAUUUGGAUUUGAUCAACUCGAUUGUCAAUAUCGCCGGCGGCCAGAUGGGUAUCAACAUCGCGUUACAGGAGAUGUGGCGCCAUAAGGGCGGAUACCCGGACCGGCUGCGCACCAUGCUGCGCGGCAUGCUGAAGCAGGGCCUCGGUCUCGCCAGCGGCGCCCACAGCAGCUUCAUCCCCUACCACGUCGACGCCGUGACACUACAACCGUUCGGUGAGGGCUGGCAAGACGAGAUGGCUAUGGGCCGCGUAGUCGAGGGCUCCUUUCGCAGUCUCAACAACUUGCUUGAACAUCUGCACCAGAGCUUCUUCUUCUAUCUGCUCAUGCGGACCGAACGCUUCGUCAGCAUCGGCACUUACCUGCCCAGCGCGAUGCUGGUUGCCGCCAACUUCACAAUCAUGGCUAUUGCGCUGUGGGUAAAGAGCGGCCAGCCGCCAGCGGGCGCGACACCGCCAAAGAACAAGACCGAAACACCCGACACCACAACCGCCCCUACCGCCGCCGAGCGCGACUUGUUUCUCCCGCUCGGCGUCGUAACCCUCAUCCAAUCACUCUCCGUAAUCCCCCUCUAUCUCUUCAACCACGCCCCAGAAAGCGCCCUCACCCCUCUCUUCGCAACCUUCGCCGUCCUCAACACCCUCCUCCCGCCAGCCCUCUCCCACCUCCUCACCACCCUCCCCGCCACACCCACCACACCGCACCAGUACAACCUGAUCAAGUCCUUCUCGCUCCUGCUGCUGGGCAUGUUCCUGUCGACGCUCGCGACGCUCAACUUCUCGCUGGCCAUGAUCACGGGCCUGCUGGCCGCCCCGCUGUCCUUCGUCCGCCCCUGCCGGUCCGCCGCCGCCAAGGCCGCCGCGUCCGCGCUGCUGACCGCCGUCAGCCCGGCCGUCGUGCUGCUCGCGGCCGCCCUGUACUGGGGCGUCGACGUCACGACCGUGCUGCGCGAGGCCUCGGUCGCCUGGCACGUCUGCGGCACCUACUCGCCCGUCGUGGUGUGGUGUGUCUGGUGGCCCGCGUGGGUUGCCGGGAGUGUUGUUGUUCUUGGGGGGAGGCGGGAGGAGGCGGUCAAGGAGAAGACUACGUGAGUUGUGUUGUGUUGUGUUGUGGGGGGAUGGGGGGUGUUGAAUGGAUGGGAUGAGAGGAAAGUGGGUUUUUGGAGGGAGGAAUGUUUUAAAAGGGGAUGAGAUACCCAUACAGAGAGCAUAGCGUUAAAACACACACAGAGACGAGUACCGAAUU